AUGGCUCCACCUCAAGAACUUAUUUCUGAGAAGGAUUCAUCCGCCUCUGAGAGAUACCAUCAGCAACUGAGCGACGAGCUUAACGUCGGUCUGUCUGAUGAGUUCCCUAGUGAUGAGGAAAAGGUCAAGGAUCAUGCUUUGGCUGCUGUCGAGUCCAAGAACUCCUUGGACACCGAUGAUGGCUUCAAGUUUAACCAGGGUGAUAUUAUGGCCAUUUUGAUGGAUGACGAUGGAGACUUGCCUGCUUUGACUUUGCGUAUGUGGGUCAUGGCUAUCUGUCUUGGUGCUUUUGUCGCUGGUGUUGAUGCUUUCUUCAACAUGAGAUUCCCUACAAUCACCAUUGCCGUUGUCGUCAUCCAGGUCAUCUCCUGGCCUAUUGGUCAAGCAUGGCACUACGUUGUGCCCCAGUGGGAUGUGCCUCUUCCAUUUGGCUGGUCCUUCAGCUUGAACCCUGGUCCUUUCAACUACAAGGAACACACUUCUAUCUUUAUCUUCUGUAACGUUGUCAUCAGUGCUGGUUUGGUUAACAACUUGGUCAUUGAAGACACCAAGUACUUCCAGAAAGAUAUUGGUAUUCCUCGUCAGAUUCUUUUCAACAUCUCCUGUUACAUCCACUCUGUUGGUCUUGUGGGUCUUUUCAGAGAUGUCAUGAUUACUCCUGCUGAGAGAGUCUGGCCUGGUGUGCUUUCCAACAUUGCCUUGUUCAAGACCAUCUACUCUAAGGACAAUCCAGUUGUUAACGGAUGGAAGAUGCCUCGUGGUAUUUUCUUCGUCAUUGUGUUCAUUUGCUCCUUCGUUUACUACUGGUUCCCUGAUCUUAUCUUCCCAUUCUUUUCCACCAUUGGUGCAUGGAUCAGUUGGAUCAAGCCAGACAGUGCCCCACUUUCCCAGGUUUUCGGUGUCAAGACUGGUCUUGGUCUUUUCCCACUUACCUUGGACUGGACCCAAAUCACUUCGAUUAACAACCCAUUGACCACUCCAUUCUUUGCUGUUGCUUCGAUGUUUGCUUCUUUCGUUUUCUGGAUUUGGAUUGUUAUGCCUGGUCUCUACUACCAGAACCACUGGGACACUGCUCACAUGCCUAUCAUGAGUAACAGUGUUUUCGACAUGUCUGGUAAGCAGUACAACUUUUCCAGAAUUGUUGAUGACGACUGGGGUCUUGACCGUGAGAAGUUCGACAACUACUCCCAUGCUUUCAUGCCUGUGGCUUUCUUGAUGAGUUUGGCUCUUGGUAUUGCUGUCUUCUCUUCCCUUGUGGUUCACACCGCCUUGAAGUUCCGUUCUGAAAUCUGGUUACCAUGGGUCAACCGUAGCAAGCACGAGGAUAUCUUUAACAAGGCUGUUAGACAGUACCUGGAGUACCCUAAGUGGAUUUACGUUGCUAUGAUUGUUGUUGGUUUGGCUCUUGGUUUUGCCUUUUCUGAGGGCUGGAACGACUCUCCAAUCGAUGCUGGUGGAUACUUUGUUUCUGUUCUUAUUGGUUCUGUUAUGUUCGUGCCACUUUCCCUUCUUGAAGCCAGAGCCAACACGAUUGUGUCCUUGCAAAGUUUCUUCGAGAUUGUCUCUGCUAACUGGUACAAGGGUAACUCGUACACUUUGCUUUACUUCUACUCCUUCGGUUUCAGUAUCAUCCAGCACGGUAUGCACAUGGCUCAGAGUGCCAAGAUGGGUCACUACAUGAGAGUUCCUCCAAAGCACGUUAUCAUCUUGCUUUUCGUCGGUGGUAUCUGGGCUUCUCUUGUGUCCCCAGCUGUUACUGGUUACUUGUUGUACCACAUUGAUGACAUUUGCACUCCAAACGCCAGAAACAACAUGGUUUGCCGUAAGCAAAAGACUGCCUUCAACACUCACUCUAUGUGGGGAUUGUUCGGCAGUGAGAUCUUCGUCCCUGGUGGCAGAUACUCUUGGGUCUUGUGGUUCUUCCUUGUUGGUGCUGUUGUUCCUAUUGCCCACUAUGCCUGGUGCAAGUUCAGACCAAACUCUUGGGUUAAGAGAUUUGACCCUAUUUUGUUCUUCGGUGGUGCUGCCAUGAUUCCAGGUGUUACUGGUUACAACUUCUCCACCUGGUUCGUUACCGCUGCCAUCUUCAACUACUUCAUCCACCGUAAGUACACUGGUUGGUGGAGAAAGUACAACUUGGUCAGCUCGGUUGCGCUAGAUAGUGGUGUUGCCAUAGCUGCUAUUCUUAUUUACUUCUGUGUUGUCUACACUGGUGCCUCCAAGAACUACUCCUGGUGGGCCACUGAGGUGUCCAAGGACGGUUGCGAUGCCAACGGAUGUCCACACCUUUCCAAGCAGAUCCCUAGACCAGAGGGUUACGCUUUCUAA